UUGGCUGACCCGUCAGUUCCACGAACCGUCAGAGACCGAAUUCGAAAACGACAACAAAGAGCGUUAGAAUCUGUUUGAGAACUGGUUAGAAAAUCAUUUGCAGUUGUGGAAAAGUGUAUUAGAAUACUUUUAGCAGCUGCUUCACCAAUGACCGUUUUGCUGAGGACGCAGCUUGAAUGCAUCUUUGACUAUGGAUCCCUCUUUGUUUUUUGGGCGGACGAGGGCGACGAGGCAGACACUGAAGUCGAAGCAGGAAACCACAAUCAAGGAAAGUGAGAACUGUGAGGUUAACGAAGAUGUUCCAAAAGAAAUUAAUAAACUUCCAGCGAAAGGCCGGAAAGCGAAACUGGUUACUGGUGGCAAAGAAAACGAUGCUGUCAAGGAGGCUACUACUAAACGCGCUUCAAAGAGAACUCAACAAUCUGUGAAUGAAAACAAGGAGAAAGAUGAGCUGAAUGCAGUGAAAGUCAAACGUAAACCUGCUAGCAAAUCUCUGAAAGUGCACUUUGACGGAGACUCUCAAGAAAGUCCUUCUAGUGGAGAAAAAAGACCGGAUGCUGCUCCCUCAGGGCCUGUCUAUCAGAAUGUUCGCAGGUCUGAUGUGAUUGGUGACCCUUAUAAUGAAUACGAUUUUCCUCUUGGUUCAGACUCAUCUCCUGAGAAAACAAAAAAGAAGAAAAAGAAGACUAUUACUAGUAGAACAAAGCCUGUGAAAAAAGCUGGUGGUGUUGUUAAGUGGGAUCCCUCUAAACGACCAAUUGUUGUGAAACCAAAACCUGCCAAGAAAUUGGCUGUGCAGGCUGAAGAUCUUACUGUCACUAACACAACUAAAACUGCUAAAACUAAAUUAAAUAGUAUUGAGAAUCCUGUGAAAGCAGCUCCUCUUUCAAAAGCAAUUCCUCCUGUGAAAGUGACUCACCCUGUGGAAGCAAAUUCUCAAGUGAAAGCAACCCCUGUGGAAGCAAAUUCUGUGAAAACAAUUCCUUCUGUGAGAGCAAAUCCUCCGCUGCACAGUGCCGUGACACCUGAACUGAACAAGGCAAGGCAUUUUACCUCUACUCCAGUAUUAAGACACCCUUCAUCAAAGAACGUACCCAAUACUGCAGCACCUUCCAGUACUGGCAAGUCACUCACACAGUCCUUGCCAGCUAUACCCAGUGCAAAGGGACAAGCACUUUCUGUCCCAUCAUGUAGCUUGUCCUCCACCCAUAAUGAAAGUUUUGAGCCUUCAUCUCCAUCAAUAAUGGCUGACAUACCAUGUGCAUCAACCCCAACUAAUGAUGCUCUAAAUCAGAUCUCUUUGAAUGCUCAAUCCAGCUCAAAAUCCCAAUCGGCUAGAUUGGCUUCCAGAUCUAGUUAUCUUCUGCAGUUGCCCGUUCGAGAGAGCCCAUCAUUCGGGGAAGUGCUCAAUUCUCCUCGAAUGCCUUCUCCUGGCUUAAUAGAAACUGAAUGUGCAAGGAAUUUGGAUGCUGUUACCUCCACCCCGGUGACUCGUUCUAGGAGAACCAAUGGAGAAGCUGGAAGUCUUGAUAAACCAUCAGUGUCAAAAAGCAAAAGAACGUGCCCUGCAGUUACAAUUUCGGAUCGCUCAGAGAAACUUCUAUCGCCUAGAGUAAAUGAUUCAGAUGGAAAUUUGUCUGGAAUUUUUGAUGACAUACCACGCACUUCUGUUUUACCUACCCGAAUGUUCUCCACCCACCGUGGUACUAUUUACAUUCCUGAAGGCCAGAAUGUACCCAAGAGAAAUAUUCCUGAGUUAUCACCUAGCAAGGAGCAAACUAGUUCAAGAGCUACUGUUGUGAAGUUUUCGGAUCCUACAUCAUCUGGUUUGGAACAGUGUUUUGGUUUUGACAAUGAGGAUGUCACAUUUGUACCUCAACCUACUAAUAUUGUCAAAAAACCAACCAUUAAGAAGCCAAACAUUUCUAUCCCAGAUGCUUUGGCUAUCUUAAGAGGGCAAUGUAAACUUGCAUCGCCAGCUAAUAAUACUCCUAGGUCAAUUCAAACCAAAUUGACCGACUUUGUUUGCUCAACACCCACAUCUUCAACUGCAAGAGUUGUUGCAGUAUCUAAUCAACCUGUGCUCACUCCAACACCUGUACCCCUGUUUGAUGAGGAUCAAAUUGAUGCUGAUCUACGUUCCCCCUUUUCACAACCAUCAAGGAGAUCAUAUGACAGAUUUCGACCAGUGAAGAGAAUAGCAUGUGGUGAUGAAGUCCACUCUGGUGAUGAGGAGGAACAAAUUGAUGAGUCGGCUGAGCCUACUAUUCCAGUGAAGAAAAAGAGCAAAUCCUACAAGCGAACCAAAAAGCCUAAAGAAACUCAACUGGAUGCCUGGGCUAAUCAACUUGCAUCACACUUUGAUGAAGUUGAGCAAGUAGAACUUCAGUUGGAGUAGGAGGCGCGCAGGAUUUUUUCUUCUCAAAUAAAUUUAAAAAGAAACGAAAGAAUGUGUCUGUGUUGUUACAACUUAAAAUAUGUUUGUUUACUACUGCAAAUGUAGUACAACUGUUUGUGUGUUAAUGUUUGGUGUAUGUAUAUAAUGUCUGGCCAACAGUUGCAUCUUCAGCAGUUUAUUAACCUUUUUUUAAAACAGAAACCAUAAUUGUUUAUGUUUUAGUUCAAAUGUUUAUUAUAAAUGUCUAUAAUUUAAAUUUAAAAAAAAUAAAUAUAUGUUUUUAGUUUAAAAAGUCUGUAUCCAGGAAAAUUGACAUAAUGUUUGGACAUUGUCAGUUUGUGAUUGCGAACUUUUUACCUUCUUAAAGUCACUGCAUGCAUAUUUAUUUGUUUUUGUCUAAAGGAUUUGCUCAUGUUUGUGAAGGCUGAUCUGUGAUCUUAUCCAGACAGGUGCAAUGAUUGCUGAGCAUUUUAUUUUUGUAUUGAUGGUUUUUGUUUGUGUUCUUAACCAGCCAGAAGCAAAUAACUUCCAGUUGUGGUCCAAGUUUGGUAUGCACUUGCUACAGGACACUAUUCUACUACUAAUUUCAAGGAUUAUUAAUUAUGUUAGUCAAUUUAAUAAUUUGAAAAUUAGUUUUACCAGACUUUGUGAAACAUUUUCUUAAUUGCUAUUAUGUGUUCUUGCAUAGCUACCUGAAAGAAGGGCCUUUCUCUCAUAAUAACUUUCAUUAAAAAGAUUGUACCACUUGUUUUUGUAA